CUUCAAAGCGUGUUCGCUAUCCACGAUGGUAGAGUGACUAUAUCUGACAAGUGAUCACAGAAGGCGAAGCUGCGUCAAUCUCGACAAAUGUCAGGCAGCGGCGGUGGCGCGGUGGCGGUGCAUCAUCCUCACAUCUGCCGCCUGCUCCACCUCCCAAAAUAUCACAUCAAUCGAAUACCCAAUUAGGCCCUAAUGGCUACAUUACAAAGAAAAAUUUACAAGAGACUGUUUGGUCCCAAUCUACUGGGAAGGCAAAGGGAGCUGAAGCUGCUGGAGCAGUGGACAUGGGUUUUUUUUUGUAAAGGUGCUGUUUUCGAAGAAUCCUGAUGCGGUGGCUCUGUGUUUUGGGUUCUUCACCAGAGAACUGGCAAUGGGUGUAUCCCAAAUGAUCUCUCCUGUAAAAGAACCAGUACUCUUUUUAACUUAUCUAUGAUUGUUUAGGUUUAAAACCCUUCUUUCGAAAAUGAGUUUGAGUUCCCAAGUGACAAACAGCAAGGCAAGAGCCUCUGGUCAAGCAUCGACUGAAGACCAUAGUGCGUUCUUUCCAGCAAGUAUCAAAUAUGAGCCGGUUGAUUUGUCUGCAGCUAGUGAGAACAAAUUUGUACAUGAAGUUAAGCAUCCCGAAAAAGUGAAGUUUGAAGAGUUCGAUGAAACUUUAAGCCCCCUUGAACCUAUUGAGCCCUUUCGCUUUGGUGAAACUCCGAGGAAUGAUGGUAAGAGGUACAAGGGAGCUGAUUUCCAAGCAGCUGACAUCUCCCCUUUGCAUACAGGAGGAGAUGAUGAAUUGGAAAGGACAACUGCACUAAGAAUGAGGGCAAUCAAUGCACGGCUGUCACCUCGCCGCCGUCCAAACCAGUCCGACAACCGUCAGGUCCGUCGCAACCCUAAGAAACCCAAUACCAGGUCAAGUACUUUGUACAAAGAUCUGAAGAAGAACGAUUACUACUGGUUCUAGCUGUCUUAAAUUGCACCACAGGUUGAUAGUAUGGUUGCUGGGAGCGGUGCAGUGAAGACUUGAGAAAAUAAAUGAAACAGGGGCAAGCUUGAGAACUAAAUUCUUGCUGAAGUUCUUAAGAGAACAUUCUUGUUUUUAAAUUUCUUUAUGUCGUCGCAUUUCGACUCUCUUGAGACCCUCUUUUUGGGCGUUUUAUGCCGACGAAUUGUUUGCUAACUUCUUUUUUAUGGAGUUCAUUAAACUGAAUUAGAACCUACAUAUUU